UGAAGUGCGGCGUCCAGGUGACGCAACCAGCUGUCAGCUGUUUGUGUUUUUGCUUUAUUUUUUAGGUCUACCUCUUCAAGUUAGCCGUUCAUCUUUCCUUAAAAACACGGAAUAUAAUAACUACAUGUACGAUUCUGGGUUCAACCGGGACACGGAAAUAAACGCGCUUCAUUAGCUUUUCUUAGAACUGAAUAACUAGCGACCCAGCUAGCGUAGCUACAUCUUAUUUGUUACCGACUGGCGGACCUUCAGCUUUGAAAACGACCUCGAAGAGGGAUCGAACCGACCCCAGGCCUCCAAUCCGGGGCGGAGGGAGGGAAGGAGGUCGCUGGGAUCGGGAUGGAGAGCAAAGAAGAGGCCGGCGGACCGGACGCGCCGGGGCUGUGCUGCGCCUCCUUCAACCAGGACACCACGUCCCUGGCUGUGGGGAAUAAGACUGGAUACCGGCUCUUCUCAGUGACCUCGGUGGAUAAACUGGACUGCGUCUAUGAAAGCGCAGAAUCCCCAGAUGUUUACAUCGUGGAGCGCCUGUUCUCCAGCAGUCUGGUGGUUGUGGUGAGCCAGGCCACUCCCCGCAGGAUGAACGUCUACCACUUCAAAAAGGGAACCGAGAUAUGCAACUACAGCUACUCCAACAACAUCCUGUCCGUCCGCCUCAACCGACAGAGGCUGGUGGUGUGUCUGGAGGAAUCAGUCUACAUCCACAACAUCAAGGACAUGAAACUCCUGAAGACUCUGCUUAGCACACCACCCAACCCCUCAGGUCUUUGUGCUCUCUCCAUUAAUCAUUCUAACUCGUACCUGGCGUACCCUGGCAGUGCCACCAUCGGAGAGAUCAUCGUCUAUGACGCCAACAACCUGAACACUGUGACCAUGAUUCCAGCUCAUGACAGCCCUGUGGCAGCCGUCACCUUCAACGCCUCGGGCACCAGGUUGGCCAGUGCCUCAGAGAGGGGCACUGUCAUAAGAGUGUUCAGCAUCCCCGAGGGCCACCGGCUGCUGGAGUUCCGCAGAGGGAUGAAGAGGUACGUCAACAUCAGCUCGCUGUCCUUCAGUCCAGACAGCCAGUUCCUCUGUGCCUCCAGCAACACAGAGACGGUGCACAUCUUUAAACUGGAGCACCCCACUCCCAGUGGCGAGGAGUCGUCCCCCACCUGGUCGGCGUACGUGGGGAAGGUGUUCUCCGCCGCCAGCAGCUACCUCCCGGCGCAGGUGUCCGACAUGAUGAACCAGGACCGCGCCUUCGCCACCGUGCGCCUCCACGUGUUCGGCCAGAGGAACGUCUGCGCGCUGGCCACGAUCCAGAAACUUCCGCGUCUCCUGGUGGCUUCCUCUGACGGGCAGCUCUGCGUUUACAACCUCGACCCCCACGAGGGUGGAGAGUGUGUCCUCGCCAAGAGGCACAGGCUGUUUGGCUCAGAUAAGGAGCGUGGUGCGCUGGAGGAGCCCCAGCCUGACACCGCUGCUCCUGCCCAAAGCUGCCAGUCCUACGCUGCCACCGUCGCCACCUCCGGAGCCACGCCCUCCUCUGCCACUCUGACAGGUUACUCAGAAGACGGGGGAGCGAUGAAGGGUGAGAUCAUCCCAGAGCACGAGUUUGCAGCGGGACCCGUGUGUCUGGACGACGAGAAUGAGUUUCCUCCAAUAAAUUGGUGCCGUGACGGGACGGGGACUGGCAAAGGCCGGCGUGCGUGAGCGAGCGAGCGAGUCAGGUGGAGCACAGGUGCACAGGUGGAGACCAGAUGGGGGAGGCUACACCUGUAGCCAGAAGAUUGGCUACGCAUGAGCCAGGACACUUACACAUUUCAGGGUGCUAACUAUCGUUUAACAAAAAACUAAACAAAAAAAAAAAAACGGAAGAAAAUUAGUUUUCAUUGAAAAGUCAGGAUUGGGUCUAUUUUGCUCAACUCCUUAAGAGAGUGUUAUACAAGUUAGGUGCAUGACUGAACUUUAACAUAGCCACGUUUUAACAUAUACUUGACCAAUAUCUUCUUAAAGGAAAUAUUGUUUUUAUUAUCAUUAUGGUAUCGAACCUUGAAAUAAGGAAUUUAACUAUUUUUAUGGGUUUUUUUUUUUUGGUUUUUUUUUUUGUUAGUUAUCUUGAUUUUGGAUACAUGCCUAUUGUAUGUGUACUCCUCUUGUAUACCAAGUUGGUAAAUUGUUUUGUAUGUGCCUAUAAUAUCAUUUGUAACCAUGCAAAAUAUUUUGCAAAGUUGCACAAAACCCAAAAAAAAAAAGAAAUAAGUAGAAAUUGCAAUGGUAAUAAAAUAAUGAAACAGG